AGCAGUCAAAAGGCUGAAACCCAGGAACUCCGCUGAGAAGUCGUAGAAAGGGAGCAAAAAAGAACAGAGAAGAGCGGGCAGAAUGGCAUCAAGCCAGCACGUCCUGCUCUCCCCUGCCGAGCUAGCCUACCUGCAUGCCUCGCUCUCGCUGACCCCGCCGAUCCGACCCGAUGGCCGCACACCAACCCAAUUCCGCCCGCUCGCCGCUGAGACAGGCAUCCUGCCAGGCACCAAUGGCAGCGCAAGAAUAUGUUUUGCAGACGGCACCGAGGCCAUUGUCGGCGUGAAGGCCGAAGUGGAGCGGACGGCGCAACGGGCGGGGGAGGAAACCACCUUCACAGAGGGAAACUUUGGCGGGGAUGAAGAUGAGGAUGUUGAGGACGGGGAAGCAAAAGAGGGGGUAGACAAGAGGAGGGGCGACUCCUCGUGGGUGGAGAUGACAGUUGAGAUUCCGGGUUUGAGGGACGACGAUUCCGGGACGGCAUUUCUGGCGGCCAUGUUGAGCGAGGCGCUACUGGCGGAUGGCGAGUUCGUCAAGAGGUUGUGGAUCAACAGGCGUUUCCAUUGGAAGCUUUAUCUCGACAUAAUUCUCAUCUCACCACCGCUCUCAUACCCGCUCCCUCUGCUUUCGCUCACGACCCACCUCGCCCUCCUGUCCACCCGCCUGCCGCGCCUCAAAUCCGAGGGCGACGAGGACCCCUUCUUCGAUGAUGACUGGGCCGCGGCGCCCUACCUCUUCCCGCGCUCCGUCACGGCCAGCGCCCAAUCUACCGCCGAAGACCCCACAGCGAGCCGACCACCAAUAACCCUCCUCGUCAUGGCGGUGGGCAACAACAUCAUCUUCGACCCCUCCAAGGAAGAGCUCGCCGUCGCCGACGUUGCUCUGGCCGUGUCUGUCACAGGUACAACACCUCAUGCUGAGGAUACGGUGCAAGCAGAAGGGAAGGUCGGGAGGAACCUGAGACUGUUGUCCAUCAGGACGAUUGACCCGCCCUCGAGGUUGACACCGCCUGGCGUCGCGAACGCUGCGAACGCGGCUUACGGCACGGCGAAUGGGGCCGCAACACAGCAGAAAAUGCUCGAGGCGAGGACGGCUGAGACAGAGGUUGUCGAAGGGGUCUGGAAGGCGCCCAGGGGCGGCGCCAAGAGGAUGGUACUUGGGGCGCUGGUGCAGAAGGUGCUGGAGAGGGGAGGAGUGGUAGAUGAGGUGUUGGAUGCAUUGGAGGGGGUAGAUUUGGGGUAGGGAGUUAAGCGGCCUGGGAAAAAAAAAGAAGCAAGGCUGCCAUGAUCCGUUUUGCCCUUUUUACCCAUCC